AUGACUCCCACCGUGGACACCCCCAAAUCGUCUCUACUAGAGCAGUUAAACUCUCCACCAAAAGCAUCGUUACAAAUCCUCGGGACGCAUAGUACGAACGAACAGACCGAAGGUAUUGAUUUUGAUCUCUGGAUCGACUGUUCGAAGGUAGUUGGAAUCAGAUCUGGACAAUUCCUGACGGAGAGUGAAAGUGAUUGCCGGUCCUGGAAUCACUCCGCCAACAGCUGCAACUUCGAGGCGAUAUUGGAUGGCUGGCUUAAUGAAUGCUUGGGAGAUAGUAAUGACGGGCGAUCGUAUGUUUCCCAGCCCAAUAUCUCUUACAAUGCUAAUAGAUCCCCGGGUUCCAGCUGGGCGCUUUGUAAAUUGGCUUCUUUCCCCGAUGACGAUUGCGCGGAGAUGAAAGCUCACAUAGAGAGGCUGGCACGCAACACUGCCUACGAUGGGUCUGUUGAGGUAGUGUUUCACACUCCAUCCAUAGAGGCAGAUGCCUUGCCCGAGAAACACAAGGUGCAAAUUCGAGCGGAGUGGAGUUUCGAUUGUCCUUUUACUCCCACAGAUCAGGUAUGGAACGAGUUGGUUAUGAACGCAAUGGUCGACCGCAAGAAGGGCUGGGUCUCUCCGAAUGAGCCACAGCUACCCUACGGAAUGUCUCCAUUCCGAAGGGCUAUCAGACAUGGUAAUAAUUCCAGGAUUGUAUCGCAGGAGCAGGAUGCGAAUGGGUUUACGCGCUCAGUACGGCAAUUCUCACGAUGGGGCUGUGACGGUUCAUCCUGA